AUGCCAAGAAAAAAGACUAGUACCAAUUCAAAGAAGCCAAAAGCCUCGUCCGAGAGCGGUAAAAGAAAAAGACGAGACGAGGAGGAGGAAGAGGAAGAGAGUGAUAGCGAUCAAGAAGUGAGAGUAGUCAUUUCUGAUGUCAGCGAUGAUGAAGAGCAAUCAGCAGCAUCCGAGCCAGAAGAGCCAUCAUCCGAAGAAGAUGAUGCUUUCAAAGAAGAUGAAAGAGAUCAAGAUUUCCAACCACCAAGAACAUCAAGAAAGAAAAGCACUUCUACAAGAAAGAAGAAAAAAGAUACAUCAACAACUCCUAAGAAAAAGAAGCUAAAGACUGGCUCAUCAUCAAAGAAGAGCAAGUCAAGUGAUUCCACAACGAAAAAGAAAAAGAAGGCUAAAAAAGAAGAACUAGAAGAAGAUAUGGUUGUUUUGAAUGAAGACAAAGAGUCAUUAUUUGCAACUGUUCGACAAGAAAGUUCAGCUAUCAGAGACACUGUCGAUAGUUGGCAAGAACGAUUCGAAACAAGCAAAUCCAAAGCAACAGUUGAAUUGAUUGUUUUUGUUUUACAUUCAUCAGGUGCAAAAGGUGACCUCGUUUUCAACGAGAAAAAACUCAAAUCUGAAGAUUCCAAGACUAUUCAAAAAGUAAUUGAUGAUAUCAUUGAAAAAUUCCUUCCUGACAAGCUUCAAGUUUAUCCAAUCAUCAAUAACCAUCCUUCAUUGAAACAUUUUAGGAAAAACUUUUGCGAAUUUUGGAACACAUUUGUUGAUGUUGCAAAGGAAGGAGGUCAACUUUAUGACAAAUUUAUUCAAGAACACUUUUUGAGAUGGUUGACCUUUAUGACGACAUCUACAUGUAGAGCAGUUCGUCAUACUGCAUCAUUGGCCAUUUAUCAAAUCGCUUCUGCGGUAAUUGAGGCAAAGAAAUCCGAGAGCAAACAACUUGCUAAAUUACAAAAACAAUCUAAAGCAGCAGCAAAGAGCAAAGACAAGAAGAAGGAAAAAGAACUGUCAGCCAUGUGUGAGCAGUAUCAAGACAAGACAAAUACUCUCGAAAAGAUAGCAGCAGACAUUUUUGCGCAGGUUUUCACAAAGAGAUAUCGAGACUCUUGUGAUGAUAUUAGAGCAUUGUCACUUCUUCAAGCAUCUGAAUGGAUUAUUGAAUCUCCAGAUCAAUUCUUGAACGACAACUCUUUGAAAUACUUUGGUUGGAUGUUGAACGACACUGAAGAAAGCGUAAGAAAGGUUGAUAUUCAAAUUUUAGAUAAGUUCUAUAGCAAAAAGGAUUGGAAAGAUCAACUUGCAAACUUUACAAAGCAGUAUUCGGGAAGAUUUGUAGAUUUGACAAACGAUGUCUCUGUCUCUGUUGCCGUUGAAGCUUUGAAAUUCCUUACUACACUUCUUCAAAAUGGCUAUUUGAAUAGCUCCCAAAUCGAUACUGUGAGCAAAAUGAUAUUUGACGAAGUUGCAAGCAUUAGAUUUUAUGCAGGAAAAUUUGUCUACCAUUAUCUGUUAUCCAAGAACGAAAAAGAGGCUUCCAAAUCCAAGAAACAUGCCAAGAAGGGAGGAGUUAGUCUUGAAAAUAUUCUUGAUUUUAUUUCUGAACAUGCAGAAAACUAUCCAAUGGCUGCAUAUUAUCUUGUUGAUACAUUAUGGAGUACUUCAGAUGAAGUUUUGAGAGAUUACAAGACCAUUUGUUCUAUGAUUAAUGAUGAAGAAGGAGAUGCACUCACUCUCAUUAAAUUGUUGAAUGCAUCCAUCAAGAAAUUGAAGGGUCAGCUGACAAGUGUCACAAAUGCUAGCGAUAACGUAAAAGUGAGCAACAAAUCAAAAUUGUCAACAAAAGAGACUGAAGAAGAGGUAGAAGAAAUCACUGGUGUUUUGGCUCCAUCUCUUUCUGCUAUGAUUGAUAAGUAUAGAACAGAGCCUGAAAUUGUAAGCGAACUUGUUGAGAUUCCACAAUUCCUUGAUUUAAAGAGUUAUCCAGAGAGUCAUUUCUCUAAAUUAUUGAAAUCUUUGAAGGAGGUUUUGAAUAAGAGUGUUACUCCAUAUGUGUACGAGCAAGUUGCAAAGACCUUCAAGUAUCUUAUCAAAGACCAUGAUGAUUAUCCACUUAAAUCAGAGGCGGAAGUUCAAUACAAUGAACUGAUGAGAGAAACGUCAUCACAGUUGAAGGAUGCUGUUCGUGCUCUCCAAAAUGAAGAAGAACCAACCUCUGAUAUAUUAGCAACUCUCAACAGAAUUAGAGCAUUCAGUAAGGUAGUUGGAACAUCACAAGUGAUUUCAGACGAUGUUUUACUUGAAGAUUUACACAAGAUCUUGGACUCUAAGGUCACUGAAAUUGAAAUGUCCCAAAAAGACGAGACUCAAACAAACGAAGAAGUUGAUGAGGUGACUCCUCUCAUUAUUAAUAUCAUCUUUGAUGAUUUAUAUUGGUCACUACAAGAUGUACUUGUUGCUAAGGGUGAUUCACGCAAACAACUCGAAAAGAAAUAUUUCAUCAAACAAGAAAAUUUAGCCAAGCAACUGUUCUACAUUUUAGAAAAUGGCAAGGUCACUUCUUCUGUUACCAGAACCUCAUAUUCACUACUCUCUAACAUGUUUAUCAUGACUAGCCCAGUAGUGGUCGGAUCAGGCGCACUUGUUAUGGUUUUGGGUAAAGAGAGAAUGGCCAUCUUGACAAAAUACUUGCAAAAGGCAAUGGAUUCACUCCAAAAAGAAUAUUCCAAAUAUGAUAAGAAACCUAAAAAGAAAGAUGAUGAAGAAGAAGGUACAGAGGAAGACGAAGAGGAAAAGAAAGCUAGGUUGGAAAAACUCAAAGUCGUCAGAACACUCCUUUCUGAUACUCUACUCGGAUUAUCUAGAGCUAUUAUUGCCAAAGCUAUCAGCGACGACUUUGCUUCACAUAUUCUUUCAUAUUUUGUUCGAACAAAGAUCCCUAUUGUUGAAGAAAUUGUGAAGAGAUUCCAUCAUGAACUUAAGAAUUCCAAUGAAGAAAAAUUAUGGGAAUAUGAGUUUGGUGCUCUCAAGAUUUUGCAUUCAGAGUAUCUGGAUAAGGUGGAACAAGAGGAAGAAAAAAGUGUUUUAAAGAGAGCAAUUAAGGACAUUGAAGAAUUAGGAUCUAGGCUCAGCAAAUCUCAUUUCCCAGGAAAAGAUGUCAAACAUAUCGAAACUCUUGUUCAGCACACAAUUAAUUUUGUUUUUGAUGAUAUCAACCAAAACCAUACAUUCCUACUUGGUAUUAUGAAAUAUAGACUGAAAGCAAUUCCAGACACUAAACGAAAAGAAUUCCUGGCUACCGUCACAAGAAAGAUGGACCAAAUGGAAGAUGUUGAUAAGGCCGCCAAAGAAAAUGUGGAGAGUUUCAAGGAGUUAUUGACUGUGAAAACUAGUAGUAAGGAAAAGUCAGAUGAAACGGAUGAUGAACGAGAAAAGGAACCUGAAGAAGAAAAAUCACAGAGAGAAGAGCAAGCUGAACAUCAGGAAGAUGACAACAAGAUGAGAGAUGAGGAUGACACCCAAAUCUCUGAAACUAAAGAAAACGAAGAGGAUGAAGAGCUCAUUUCAAGCAAACCUAGAAAAUAA